AUGCUAAACCCAAACAAAGCAUUAGUUUUAUCAUUUCAUGGUUGGACGGGGUCAGGAAAAAAUUAUUUGACACAAAUGAUUGCAAAAGCUGUUUAUAAGAAAGGAUUUAAAAGUCAAUUUGUACAUUUUUCUGUAGCAACUUUACAUUUUCCGUAUCCUGAAGAAAUUAAUAAUUACAAGAGGCAAUUAAGAAGUUGGAUUUCCGGAAAUUUAACACAAUGUGAACGUUCGCUAUUUAUAUUUGACGAAGCAGAUAAAUUGCCUCUACAGUUACUCGAUGCUAUUGUCCCUUUUGUUGAUUUUUAUGAUAAUGUCAAUGGUAUUGAUGCAAGAAAAAGUAUUUUUAUAUUUUUGAGUAAUGGAGGUUCCAAUUUAAUUGCUCAACAUGCAUUGGAAUAUUACAAGAGAGGACUGCCUAGAGAACAAAUGACGUUUAAAGAAUUGGAAGAAUUAAUGCAAUUAAGUGCUUAUAAUGAAGGAGAAGGUGGAUUAAAAAUGAGUAGAAUAAUAAGUAAACAUUUAAUUGAUUAUUUUGUACCAUUUCUUCCAUUGGAAAGAAGGCAUAUUAUUAUGUGUUUUAGAGAUUAUUUACAUUCAAAAAAUAUUGUUUAUACACAAGAACAAUUGGAAAAUUUGGCUGAUCAACUUUCGUAUUUCCCAAAAGACACCCCAAUAUUUUCAACUUCUGGAUGUAAACAAAUUGAAAGAAGAGCAGAUUUUAUGUAUGCUGAAGUUAUUAGAGAACAACAUUUUUUAGCCAGUCAAUAUAAUGAUGAAAUUUGA